AUGAGGAUGGCACCAACAGAGUCAACAGAAGGAAGACGGCUCUGGCCAGGCCCCAGGGAGGGAGGCAGCGGUAAGGAAACAACUUCAGAGAAGUUAAGCAACUUGCCCAGGCCACACAGCUAUUCAGCAAAGAGGUGAUAUUUGACUGAUGCUGAGUCCUUCAGAGGAGGGCCUGAAGCAUUCCAAAAAUGCAGAGAAGUGUUCAGAGCCUGCUGGGGAAGCAGGGAGCUGCUAUUCCUGUUCAAGGCAACCAGUGAGGCUGGACCUGCCCAGAAUUCAUGUGGAAUCACCCUAGAGAAGGCUGGUGGCUUGGAAGACACUGGAUCUCGCAGGCUCAGCUGGGCACAGUGCAAGGUGCUAUACAUAAAUGGUUUCACUGACCCCUGGAAGGAUGCCCAGGCUGGGACACUCAUUGUGAGUUGCAAAAAAGGAAAGGGGAGCCCUGGGAGGGAAGGCAGGGAUAAGGGCUCAUGA